UUCAGCAUUUUGAUGGAUCUCGGUCUGUGAUUUUUUUUCGUAAAUUGGAGAUUGCACAAAUCGCAAAAAUUGUAGAUCCAAAUUAAAAAUCCUAAUUUAAAUCGUAGUUCAAUAGAGGUUUUUUUUAGUUUAAGCUGAUUGCAAUACCGCAAUAUGACCUCGGUGGAAGAAUUGGACAGCCUUCUUGCACAGCCGAACAUAUCCGAAUGUUUGAUGCAGGUAUCCACUUCUGCGGAUCCCACAAUCAGACAACGGUACGCCAGUUAUGUGAUCCAAGCAUUAGAGAAAGAAUCCGAACUUAUAGAGCGCAGUGCUUGCACAUUCUGUUCCACUCUAUUGCUAGUAUUGGAGGAUGAUGAAGCAACAGUUCGAUUGGCCCUACUGACUGAGCUUCCGGAGAUCGUCCGAAAACUAAUACAGCUUCGCGAUGACUUCGGCUUGGGUGUUCGAUAUUUGGAUGCUUUGCUCUCUAGUAUGGAAGAUUCUGACCCACAGCUGCGAAAAACUGCCUUCUAUAAUGUCAAAAAUUUCCUGGAAAAGACGGCUUUGGACACAGACACACUCAGGAAUAUUGUUUGCGUGUCAGUCGUUCGGCUAUCCAAUUUUCCUAUCAGGAAUAAUGAGGUCGACCAUUACUCGAACGCUAUUGAGCUGAUGGCACUGCUAGCUACAUUGAUGGGCCCAAAUGAUUUUUGCACGCGUGUACUUGAACGAUUUAUCGAACUGUGCCAGCAUGGUAACUACAUGGUUCGACGAUGGAGCACCGACUACUUUCCCGUAUUUUGUUAUGUACUCGGCGAAAUAUCCGCAGAAAAGCUGCUUCCAAUUUUUACUCUACUCUGCGAAGAUACUGCUUGGAGUGUGCGAAAAUCAGCGGCAAAAGCUCUGCCGAAGGUGGCACUAACCUGUUCAUUACAACGACGACGGGAUACAUUGGCACCGAUUGCAUUUAAUCUGCUGAACGAUUUAACACGUUUUGUUAGCGAAUCUGCGUUUAAAAAUCUAGGACAAUUUAUUGCGACAUUUGCUCAACCAUGUGCCAUCGAACUGGCUUAUGGAUCAUCUGGCAAAUUGUACAUAACAUCGAAAGCGAAUGACACAAAAUCACAAAAUAGCUUUACCGAAGAAAAUACGUUUGCAACGCCUCGUUCUGAUGAAUCGGGCAGCAUACUUGACUCAGCCGAAACCAAUCCGUAUCGCAAAUUCCUAAUCGGUGAAACAUUUUCCGUUCAGUCGGGUAGCCUCAUGGAUCAGCAGAACAUAAACGCACACCAAUUUCACAGCGUAUACUCGCGCAUCUUCAAUUCGAUAAAACGGGAUCCGGUCGAAAGUCAAACCUUUGUCAGGAAGCAGCAAGAUCAACAGCAGUUGAACGAUACAAUAGUCGAUGAUGAUGACACAAGUAGCGGUUGUAGUUCUGGUCCCUGUUCAGAUAGUGGUGAUGAUAAUAGAGCUAUUGAAGAGUUAACGUUCGUCGACGUUGCCGAAAGUAAUACGAUGGAGAACUUAAUGGGGAGCUUGGGGGAGAACAUGGAGGAGAACUUCAUGGAGAACGUGGAGGACAAUUUGGAGGAGAACUUCAUGGAGAACGUGGACGAGAAGAAAGAAUUCCUGAAUGACGAGGAAUAUGUCGAUGACUUUAACGAUAACUUCUCAAACGAAAUAUUAAACAAAUUGCCCGAUGGCCUACGCGAAUUGGUGGCCCAAAUACGAGAGACAACCAAUUCGGAAAUUAGACGACGUAACAAAGACGCUAGGGUUAUAUUGAUGUUAACGGCAGAGGAAAGACUUAAACGCAGAAAAGCUGAAAUUCGUUUUAGAAUGUUUGGCCAAGUACCAGCGGAAAUUCCGCCCAGUUCCCUGCAUCAUUCACAUUAUCCGAACGGUGAUUUGAAGACGUCGUUCAAAAUCUUUCCGUGGCAAAAGAAACCUGCAUCCCAGCCAGAGUGUAAUACUAUGGUCAUAGACAAUACAAACGUAACGUUGAGACGGAAAGGAACAUCGCAAAUAAAUGAGGACGAGGAUGUGCCGACGAGAACGGAAGCCGACCAAUCGCCCGCUCAACCGCAACCAUUGAAUGAGAAUGAGGAUAUUGAUGUGGAUGAACUAGCAGAAUUCAACGGACUCAACUUCUGGAAAGAAGAUCUGGGUACCAUUGACGUCGAUAAAGAAGUGGGCCUGUUAAGGGAACGCGAACUAAAAAAGGCGCAAGAAGACUUCAUCAAAUCACUCGUUCCCACCAGUCCGAAACUUGUUAUUCCGACGAAUCCAGAAUUUGUAGAAACCUUACAGGCGAACGAACCUCCCGAUGAGGCUCACAAGCAGAAAGUGGAUAAAUUAAAAGCAAAGUGCGUGGGCCCAGCAGGUGACCCGAGUAUGUCCUUCUUCAAUCAACCAAUCGUUCCACCGUAUUUGAUCGAGUAUUUCGCAUCGGUCGAACUAUUUUCCGACAGUGACUUCAACAUGUAUUGUGUGUAUAACUUCCCGGCGGUCGUUUUAACGCUGCAGAAAGAAAACUGGCACCUCACAUACGAUUUGCUGCUGUAUUUGACUUCAGACAUUCAGUGGAAAGUUCGCAAGACCAUAGCGAUGUUCAUUUGUGAAAUUGCGUUGAUCAUCGGCCGCGAAAAUACGCACCGUGAUUUGUUGCCGAUAUUUUUGGGCUUUUUCAAGGAUUUGGAUGAAGUGAAAAUUGAGGCGCUGAAAAAUCUGCCGACAUUCUUGAGCGUCAUCGAUAUCGAGGAGCAUGCAAAAGUCAUCGCCAAUUUGGGUGAAUGUCUGCAAUGCGACAAUGAUUCGAACUGGCGAUUCCGUGAGGAAUUGGCACGACAACUGUUGCACCUGAUCGCAACGUAUGGUCGUGUUUAUUGCAUCAAUUACUUGAUUUGGGUGACAGGAAUGGCUAUAGCACUGCUCACUGAUAAAGUUAGUGCUGUCCGGACUGUUGCAAUGGAAGCGAUUGCGGAGAAAUGUUGUACCAGCUCACCGAUAGAGCUCAAGUAUUUAGUCGAAUUUUUGGUUGAGGACUUUGCGCAGCACGUUCACUGGCGACGAAGACAAAUGUUCCUCAAUAUUUGUGAACUGAUGAUUAAAAAACCGAAUUCCCCACCGUUUGAGGUUAUUGAGCGUGAUUUCCUUCAACCCAUUUUGGUGUUGGCAAAGGACAGAAUUCCAAACAUUCGACUGGCUGUUGGUAGACUAUUGUCACUGUUGUUCUCUUACCAUCCACAUUUGCUUACACAGUUGAAUCAUCCAAUGACGGAGACGUUGAUAAUGUUACAAUGUGAUGGCGAUAAUGAUGUUAAAUUUGUUGCUAAUGAUAGGUGAGGAUCGAUCCAUAGUUGCCAUUAUAAAAAUUAAAACAAAAACCAAUGUAAAACAACAAUACGAAGCAAUAUAAUGUAACGGAGAUGAAGAUAAAGAAGAACAUUUGUACAAUUUCUAGAAUUUUUAUUUAAAUUUUCAUUAGAAUUGAACCACAAGAAUAAAGAACAAAGAAAAACCGA